AUGCAUUUCAAAACAAUUGCUGCCUCGCUCCUCGUGGCGGGAGCGGCUGCCUCCCCCUUCCAACGCCAAACCUCGAACGAGACCUUCUGCGAUGAGGACCUUCCCCUCCCUGAGCCGAGCACCACCGGGACUCACUUGCCGCCGUUCCCCGUGAACACCACCGUCCCCGGUGUCCCGUCCAAUCCUGGCGGCUCUUACCCCGGCUCUCCGUCACACCCUGGAAACGGCCCAGGUAACGCUGGUGCCGGCUCUGGUUCUGGUUCCAACUCUGGUUCUGGCUCUGGCUCUGGUUCUGAUUCUGGUUCCAACACUGGUUCCAACACCGGAUCUAACGGAGAUUCCGACAAGGGAUCCGACGACGACGACUCUUGCCCCAGUGAAGACCAGCCUGGAUCCGGCGAUUCACAGCCUUCCGCCGGCUCUAACGCUGGUUCUGGUUCUGGUUCUGGUUCUGGUUCCGAGACUGGUUCCGGCUCUGGUUCUGGCUCUGGUUCCAAGACUGGUUCCGGCUCUGGUUCCGGCUCUGGUUCCGGCUCUGGUUCAGGCUCUGGCUCUGGUUCUGGUUCCAAGGCUGGUUCCGGGUCCGGGUCCGGGCCCGGCUCUAACACGGGCUCUUCCACCGGAUCCUCGACAGGUUCCAACACUGGAUCUAACGCUGAAUCUAACGCUGGAUCUAACGCUGGUUCUGACACCGGCUCUAACGGCGAUUCCGACAAGGGAUCCGACGCCGACUCUUGCCCCGGUGAAGACCAGCCUGGAUCCGGCGGUUCACAGCCUUCCGCUGCCCCGUCCGCCCCCGCCGGCAACGUCCCCUCAUACCCGGGCAAGCCUGCCGCCGGCUCUUCCUAUGUCCCCUUCCCUCAGAACAAUAGCAUUCCCACCAAUUCUCCUUCCCUCAUUCCCACCGAGCCCAUCGCCAUCCCCAGCACCACCGUCCCCGUCGGCAGCAACAACACCGCCCCGGCCUCCGGCACUCCCUCCGCCAGCGCCACCGCCCCGGCCAGCAACGUCCCCUAUGGCGAUCCCAUCUUCAAGUGUACUGUCCAGGGUGACUUUGCUCUCACCUUUGACGACGGCCCGUUCCUUUACACCAAUCACGUCCUCGACCUUCUCGCCGAGGCUGAUGCCAAGGCCACUUUCUUCCUCAACGGCAAGAACUUUGGCGACAUCAACGACUACAAGGAUGUCGUCAAGCGUAUGAUUGCCGACGGCCACCAGGUCGCCUCGCACACUUUUGACCACGCUGACCUAGCCACUCUGGGCGAUGCUGAAAUCAUCACCGAGAUGACGGAGCUCGAGGAUGCUCUCCUGAAAAUCAUCGGAAAGUACUCCACCUACAUGCGUCUUCCCUACUUCAGCUCGAACGACAACACCCUCUCCAUCCUCAAGGCUCUUGGGUACCACGUCAUCCAGGCCGACAUCGACACUCUCGACUACGCCAACGACGCUCCUCUCGGCAACCUCACCAGUGUCGGUAUCUUCCAGAAGGGUGUCGAUGCCGGUGGCUCCAUUGCCCUGGCCCACGACGUACACCAGAACACCGCCGAGUACCUCGUCCCCGAGUUCCUCCGCAUCAUCAAGGAGAAGGGCCUGAAGGCCGUCCCCGUCGGCGAGUGCCUUGGCGACCCCGAGGCCAACUGGUACAAGACCAAGCGCACCUCCACUCCCUCCGCUACCGCCUCCAAGAUCUCCAUCACCAUCACCAGCACCGCUACCCCCACCGGCGUCAUCGGUCCCGGAGGCGCCUGCGGUGGCCCUAAUAACUACGUCUGUAUAGCCGGCACCUGCUGCUCCGAGUACGGCUACUGCGGUUCCUCGGAGGCCUACUGUGGCACCGGCUGCCAGUCCUCAUUCGGCAUCUGCGGUGCCCCCGGCGCUGUUCCCUCCGGCAGCGGCAGUACUCCGAGCGCCCCUGCCCCCUCCCAGACUUCUGGCGGCGUCGGCCCUGAUGGCUCAUGCGGUGGUCCCAAUAACUACGUCUGUAAGCCUGGCAACUGCUGCUCUCCGGCUGGCUACUGCGGUACCUCGGAGGCCUACUGCGGCACCGGCUGCCAGUCCUCAUUCGGCAUCUGCGGUGCCACCGGCAGUAGUACACCGAGCGCCAGCGCCCCUGCCCCCACCCAGACUUCUGGUGGCAUCGGCCCUGACGGCACCUGCGGUGGUCCCAAUAACUACGUCUGUAAGCCUGGCAACUGCUGCUCUCCGGCUGGCUACUGCGGUACCUCUGAGGCCUACUGCGGCGCCGGCUGCCAGUCCUCAUUCGGCAUCUGCGGUGCCCCCGGCAGUAGUACUUCGAGCACCGCUACCCCAACCCAGACGUCUCCUGCCUCUGGUCGUAUCGACCCUGAAGGCACCUGUGGUGGUUCCAACAAUUACAUCUGUGAAGCUGGUAACUGCUGCUCUGAGUACGGCUUUUGCGGCACCUCUCCAGCCUAUUGCGGCACCGGCUGCCAGUCCUCAUUCGGUAAUUGCGGUGUCCCAUCUAACUACGUUGCCCCUACCCCCACCCAGACUCCUGGCGGCAUCGGCCCUGAUGGCUCAUGCGGUGGUCCCAAUAACUACGUUUGUAAGCCUGGCAACUGCUGCUCUCCGGCCGGCUUCUGCGGUACCUCUGCAGCCUACUGUGGCGUCGGCUGCCAGCCCCUAUUCGGUGUUUGCCCUAGCACUGUCCCUACCCCGACGCCUGGCACUGGCGGCAUCACUCCUGACGGCUCCUGCGGUGGCACCUUUAAGUACAAAUGCAGGGCCGGCGACUGCUGCUCUGAGUACGGCUACUGCGGUGGUGACGACGAUGCCUACUGUGGCACCGGCUGCCAGCCCUUGUUCGGUACCUGCUAUACCCAAUCUGGCUCCAGUACCGCCACCCCCACCCCGACUCCUUCUGCCCCGAACUCUUCUGCCCCGACCCAGACUCCUCCUGCCCCGACCCAGACCUCUGGCCCCGUCAGCACCGACGGCACCUGCGGCGGGGCUCAACGCCUCACCUGCCCUGGAACGACCUGCUGCUCCCCUUACAACUUCUGCGGAAGCACUGAUGCUCACUGCGGCACUGGUUGUCAGUCUGCAUUCGGCCACUGCUCUUAA